CGGCUGGGGGCGAGCGGGGACCCCCCUGCUGCUCCUCGGACAGCGAGAUCAACAUCACCAGCGAGGAGGAGGAGGAGGAGGAAGGCAGUGAGCGGCCCGCUUGGGCACCGGGCACUGCCUGCUACAUCUGCGGUAGCCCCUUGGCACCCGGCGCCCAGCACCGCGUCCACGUGCAGAAGCAGGAGAAGACCUCGCCGGGACCCUUCUUCCCCUUCCUCUGGCUGCACAACCCCCCGCCGGGUGCCCAGCCCCUCUCUCCCACCGGCAGCACCCUGGUGUGUCCCUGCUGCUUUGCCUCCCUCAUGCAGCAGUGGCAAAGCUUCGAGCUGGCCAACGUGCCCGUGCUGCAGCGGCUCUACGUGGUGCCCCUCAGCGCCGGGGCCAUGCCCGCCAAGGGCCAGCGAGGAAUGAAGGAGGACGGGACGGGCAUCCCACCGGUGCCUGAGGCUUGCUACCUCUGCGGGGAGGAGUGCGGCAAGGAGGCAAGACCGGUGGCGGCCAAAAUCACCAACGGCAAUGCCAAGAGCACCAUGCAUUUCCCCUUCCUCAGCCUCCUGCCCUGCCCGCCCGGUGCCAAGGGGCUGAACAAGCACUGGGAGGUCAGCAGCUGCCGCAAGUGUUUCGGGGUGCUGCAGGACCUGUGGGCCAUGUACAGGGCCUGUCACAAUGAGGAGCUCAUCUCCUCGGUGCAGAGCUUUCUGGGAAGGUACCACCAGGUCUUCUCUGCUGGCGACCUGACCGGCCACCCCGCUGUCAUCAAGCCUGGUCCCACCUCCAUCUGCUACAUCUGCGGGGCUGAGUUGGGAGCUGGCAAAGAGUUCCAGCUCAACGUCAACCCUCCGGGACGAUUUGGGGAGAAGGAACCCUUUUUCCCCUUCUUGACGGUCUACCCACCUGCUCCACGGGCCAGACCAGCCGACUCGACCGGGCUGGUGUCCACCUGCGUCCUGUGCUACCACGACCUGCUGGGACAGUGGCUGCAGCACGAGGGCAGGAACUCCCACCACCCCAGCAGCGCCUGGUCCCGGCAGUACAAAGUGGAGACCUUCGUCUGCUUCUUCUGCCGGCAGGAGAAGAAGAGAUGCCUUGGAUUAAAAGCGGUUCAAGUGGCCAGACUUCCCGUCUUCCUCUACACCCUCCGUGUGGCCAACAGCCUGCUAGUGGAUGACGGGAAGCAGCUGACCAUCGGCGCUUGUGCCGAGUGCGGUGCCGUGGUCCUGGCUGGCAGGAGCAUGACCCCGCCAGAGCUGCUGGCAUUGGCACCCCCAGCUCUUCUCCCCAAGGCGUCCUCUUUGUCCCUGGAGACAGUCACCACCAAGCCUGUGGCCGGCGAGCCCAGGGCAGUCGGCGCUGGGGAGAGCCCGGGGACGGGCAGCGCUGCCCCGGACAUCGGCCAGCGGACGGCUUUGGAUGUGGAGGGUGCGGACGCUGGAACCACAAGCAUGAGCCAUGAGCCGAAGUCGCCGUCCCUAGGAAUGCUCUCCACUGCCACUCGCACCACCGCCACCGUCAGCCCCCUCACCCCGUCCCCCCUCAACGGCUCCAUCGUCCCCAAUGGCAGCCCUGCAGCCAGCAGCACUUUGUCCGUCCAGGCAGCACCUUCCUCCAGCUUCGCCGCCGCUCUCCGCAAGCUCGCCAAGCAAGCCGAGGAGCCCCGAGGGUCCUCACUAAGCAGCGAGUCGUCCCCGGUCUCCUCGCCAGCCACCAACCACAGCUCGCCCGCCAGCACCCCCAAACGUGGCCCCAUGGGCCCCAUCAUCGUGCCCCCAGGGGGGCACAGCGUGCCCAGCACGCCGCCCGUCGUCACCAUCGCCCCCACCAAGACAGUCAACGGGGUCUGGAGGAGCGAGGGCAGACAGCAGGAAGCAGGGUCACGAGGCAGCAGCAGCAGCGCCGCCCGCGAACGCCUCAUCUCGGAGCCCCCACUCACACAGGAGAAAGCAGGGGGUCCCACCGUCCCCUCCCACCUCCUGGGGACACCCUACUCCUUCGGGCUGCCUCCCAGCUCCGUGGUCCAGGACUCCCGCUUCCCACCUCUCAACCUGCAGCGGCCGGUCCACCACGUGGUGCCUCCCAGCGCAGUCACCGAGGAUUACCUGCGGAGCUUCCGUCCCUACCACACGGCCGAGGACCUCCGCAUGUCCUCCCUGCCGCCCCUCGGCCUCGACCCGGCCACUGCUGCUGCCUACUACCACCCCAGCUACCUGACACAUCACCCCUUCCCGCAUCCUGCCUUCAGGAUGGAUGAGUCGUACUGCCUGUCAGCACUGCGGUCCCCCUUCUACCCACUGCCAGCGCCGGGCUCGCUGCCACCCCUGCACCCCUCGGCCAUGCACCUGCACCUCUCGGGGGUACGGUACCCCCCCGAGCUCUCCCACUCCUCCCUCUCCGCCCUCCAGUCCGAGCGCAUCUCCAGCCUCGCUGCUGAGAGGCUGCAAAUGGAUGAAGAGCUGCGGCAGCGGGAGCGGGAGCGGGAACGGGAGCGGGAGAAGGAGCGGGAGCGAGAAGCUGACCGGGAGCGGGAGAAGGAGCGGGAACGGGAGCGAGAACGUGAGAAGGAGCUGGAACGCGAGCGGGAAAAGGAGCGGGAGCGGGAGCUGGAGAGGCAGCGGGAGCGUGCCCGGGAGAAGGAACUGAGCAUGGUGAAAGCCAUGGAGGGGCCCUUCCUGCCCGUGGCAGAGCUUCACGGGCUGCGGGGACACCCAGCCGAGGAGCGGGGCAAACCAGCAGAGCCUCUGGCACCCGGCAGACCAGAUAAACUCAAGGACUCGGUACUGCCGACGCCGAAGCCCAUCCAGCACCCCCUGCAUCCACCACCGGGCUCCCACCACCCAGUUCCCAGCCUUAUCCCCAACCACAGCGUGUUCCCGCUGCCGGGGAGCAGCGCGGCCACGGCGCUGCUCAUCCACCGCACCAACGAGGAGGAGAAGUGGCUGGCCCGGCAGCGCCGGCUGCGCCAGGAGAAGGAGGAUCGGCAGUCCCAAGUCUCGGAGUUUCGGCAACAAGUGCUGGAGCAGCACCUGGACAUGGGGCGUGUCCCGAGCCAGCCUGAGCCCGAGCACCGGCCUGAGCAUCCCAGGUCGGGGUCGAGCCGCCACGAGCCAAGCAGCCGGGAGCCAGGGCAGCACUUCGGUGGGCCCCCACCACUCAUCUCCCCCAAACCCCAGCACCACCCCGUCACCACGUCCCUCUGGAACCCCGUCUCGCUGAUGGAGAACCCCCCUGAUCCCCCACGGCGCCUCCCUGAGCCUCACACCCUCCACGGCCACCCGGCCCCCUUCGAGCCCAGCCGUCAGGGCAUCCCGUUGGUGAAGGUGGAGAGGGUCUUCUGCCCUGAGAAGCUGGAGGAGGGGGCAAGGAAGAGGGAUGCUCUGGAGAAAUACCCCCCGGGACGGGAGCCCGGUGCCCCGGAGCACGGGGGCUUCACCCACACCCCCUUCCUAGCUGAGCUGGAAAAGUCUACUCAGAGCAUCCUGAGCCAGCAGAGACCCCCGGCCACCCCCUUCCCUGAGGCCACCAAGCCCAGCUCGCCCUACCGGCCCCCCCAGCCCCACGCCCAGGAUCCCAUGUACAUCUACGACGAGUUCGUGCAGCAGCACCGCAGGCUGGUCAGCAAACUGGACCUGGAGGAGCGCCGGCGGCGGGAGGCCCGGGAGAAAGGGUACUAUUACGACCUGGACGACUCCUGUGACGACAGCGAUGAGGAGGAGGUGCGGGCCCAUCUCCGCUGUGUGGCCGAGCAGCCCCCGCUGAAGCUGGACACGUCCUCUGAGAAGCUGGAGUUCCUGCAGCUCUUCGGCCUCACCACGCAGCAGCAGAAGGAGGAACUGCUGAGCCAGAAGCGGCGCAAACGCCGGCGAAUGCUGCGGGAGCGGAGCCCUUCGCCGCCCAUGGUGCAGAACAAGCGCCGCACGCCCUCCCCGCGCCUCCCACUCUCCACCCGCUACAGCCCCGACGAGAUGAACAACAGCCCCAACUUCGAGGAGAAGAAACGCUUCCUCACCAUCUUCAACCUCACGCACAUCAGCGCCGAGAAGAGGAAAGCUUCCCAUGCCGCAGACAAAGAGAAGCUGGUGGAGAUGCUCCAGGCCAUGAAGCAGAAGACCACGCCCGCCGCUGUGGUGGUGAAGAGCUCCCCGAGGGACAGCCCCAAUGCCCCCACUGCUGAGCCACCAGUGCCACCACUCCUGCUGGAUCCGGAUAAACCUGUGGGCAUCGCCGUCUCCGUGCCAGAGGUGCCGAAGACGGUGGAGCCCGGCAGGUUGGACCAGCUGAGACCCCAGGAGCUAUCGAGAGCCAAGGAGUCGGGCACUGUGCCGGCAGAGAAGCCCCGACUGAGCGAUGGGCACCCCGGGAAGAAGGCACUGAGCAUCCUCAGCUACGUCAGGGGUCCACUGCCCAAGGACAUCCCGGUGCCACUGUCACACAGCAUGAACGGCAAGAGCAAGCCCUGGGAGCCCUUCAUUGCCGAGGAGUUUGCCCAUCAGUUCCACGAGUCAGUGCUGCAGUCCACUCAGAAGGCGCUGCAGAAGCACAAAGGGGGGACGGCGGCGCUGACGGCGGAGCAGAACCACAAGCUCGACGCCUCCAUCCACUACAACAUCCCGGAGCUCCAGGCAUCCACCCGCCUGGCCGGGGCCCCCCACAACGGCACGGCCGAGGGGCCCCUGCCCCACCGGGCACUGCCCCCCCUGCCCCGCGACUCGGCCUCCGAGGAAGAGGACGAGGAGGAGGAGGAGGAGGAAGAGGAGGAAGACUACCCCAGGCCCAAGUGGCAAGGGAUCGAGGCAAUUUUUGAAGCUUACCAGGAACAUAUAGAAGAACAAAACCUGGAGCGCCAAGUGCUGCAGACGCAGUGCCGGCGGCUGGAGGCCCAGCACUACAGCCUGAGCCUGACGGCGGAGCAGCUGUCGCACAGCAUGGCGGAGCUGAGGACCCAGAAGCAGAAGAUGGUGUCGGAGCGGGAGCGCCUGCAAGCCGAGCUGGAUCACCUGCGGAAGUGCCUUGCCUUGCCUGCAAUGCAGUGGUCUAGGGGUUAUUUCAAGGGGUAUCCCAGGUGACGCUCCUUGGGCCAGGCCGAACAUAUAGUCUAGAAAUAAUAAUCUAUUUUAUUACCUUGAAUAUUUAAUAUUUUUCACUGGGAGGUUUGAAGCUAAAAAAAAUAAAAUUGAAAAAAAAAAAAAAAAAAAAAAAAAAAAAAAAAAAAAAAAAAAAAAAAAAAAAAAAAAAAAAAAAAAAAAAAAAAAAAAGAAGAAAUAAAUAAAUAAAUAAACGGAGAAUGUGCCAUGCAUGAAGCAAAGGAGCACGGGAGCUGGGAGCCCAUCCCACGGCCAGCAGCCCCCAGCCUGUCCCCUCCUGUCCCCCCCUCUGGGGGGGCCACCACGCUGCAGCCCCCCCCUUUCACCCACCCACACUUUAUAACGCUCAUUUUUUGUUGGUUCUUUUGGGGUUUUUUUUCUAAAAAAGGAAAAAAAGAAAAAAAAAAAGACAAUUAAGGUCUCCACCGACAACACUAAAGCCGGCGGAGCCCCGCGGGGCCGGGUGCUGCCGAGCCCCCCGCUCCCAGCACGGCACCCCCAUCCCGGGGUUUCCACUGGAAAUGCACUUCGCUAUCAAAAAAUAAAGUCAAUAAACUGGUUGAAGGUCCCUCUUUGUUCCUGGUUGGCGGGGAAGGGGCAGGGACACGCGGGGUCACCUUGUCACCCCGGCUUUGGGAUUGAACAGUCAAAAAAAAAAGAAAAAAAAAGGUGCUUCAGCCUUGU